UUCAGUUAAGUUGUAAAAUGUUCCGCUUCCGCUCUAUGUGGACGAAAUGAAAACUUGACAUUUAAUUGAUUUUUUUACCAUAACAAAUGUCUUUGUGAAGGCAUUUACUCCUUAGUAACAUAAAAGACGACUAAAACAUGCCAGAGGAAAACGAACACACGCCUCCUAGCGGUGAGCAAGAAGAAUUUGAGGGACAUUCACCUCAACCUGCAGGUAUCUCUGUUUUGAAAUAUGUUACAUCUGAGUUGACGAGAGGCUACCUUCUAGAGCGUGAUGAGUCUAAGUAUACAGAACGUAGAGAAAGAGUCUACACAUUCAUGAAAACUCCCAGAGAACUGGAAAAGUUUUGCAUGUAUGGGUUCUUCCAAUGCCUGGACGCAUUCCUGUUCAUCUUCACAUUCCUGCCACUGAGAAUACUCAUGGCCUUGCUGCGCCUCUUCACACAUCCAUGUGGUAUAUUCACAGCAGGAUCUAAGCGCUACCUGGAGUCAGCACACAUCUGUGAUCUCUUGAAGGGCAUCAUUCUCCUCGUAUGCAUCUUCGUCAUCAACUACAUCGACACGUCCAUGAUGUACCACCUUGUGCGAGGGCAGUCCGUUAUCAAACUCUACGUCUUCUACAAUAUGUUGGAUGUCUGUGACCGACUGUUCUCAGGAUUUGGCCAGGAUAUUCUUGAUGCUCUGUUUUGGACGGCCACGGAGCCCCGGGGCAAGAAGCGGGAACAUGUUGGGGUCGUGCCUCACCUUCUCCUGGCCAUUGUCUAUGUCUUGAUGCACACGAUGCUGAUCCUGUCCCAGGCCACGGUCCUCAAUGUUGCCUUCAACUCCCACAACAAGGCACUGCUCACCAUCAUGAUGUCCAACAACUUUGUGGAGAUCAAGGGCAGCCUAUUCAAGCGUGUGGACAAGAACAACCUGUUCCAGAUCUCCUGCAGUGAUGUGAAAGAGAGGUUCCACUACUGUAUACUGCUAGGCAUCGUCUUCAUCAGGAACAUGGCCGAGUUUGCCUGGAACCCUGAUCACCUGGUGGUCAUUCUGCCAGAUGUUGUCCUCGUCCUCCUGGCUGAGUUUGUUGUGGACUGGGUCAAGCAUGCAUUCAUCACCAAGUUCAAUGAGAUCUCCUCUGAUGCAUACAAAGAGUUUACAAUCAACCUGGUUCAGGACAUGGUGACAAGCAGGCAGAAACAUGCUUUCACAGACCAUUCUGACCAAGUCUCACGCCGCAUGGGCUUCACACCCCUCCCGCUAGCCUGCCUCCUGUACAAGAUCUGCUCCAAGUCUCUGAGGAUGACGGGUGCCUUUGGCAUACUGACUCUCAUCAUCUUCUACUUCUGCUUGUUAACAUUAAAAGUCUUCACGAGCAUUGUGCUGCUGGGGCAUGGAUCAAGGUUAUUAUCUCAGCAGAAAACAAAAUUGAAGAAACCAGGAAAGUCUCAAGAAGUAGAUUCCCAGAAGAUCCCUAAUAAGGAGAGACAGUACAAUAAGGGGUUCGAGAGUAGCCCCACUCCUGACAGUUCCCCUUCACCGGAACCAGACAUAGUUACCCCCCCUGUUGCCACCACAGUGGCCAGUGACAUGUUCUCAUCUUCAGCAUCUGUAGACUGUGUCAAGCCUGCUGAUUCGCCAGAACCAGAUGAUGGCUUGUAUGAUGAUUGUAUCGAUGAAGCUGAUUGGACGUUAUCACCUCCUGAUAAUCAUGUGACACUAAGACAGUGUAGAAGUGACAGUUCAUUGUUCGUUAAACAAAGACACACGAGAAGCUCGGAUGAUGGGGAAAAAGAGGAAGAAAUUGUUAUUGAUGAAGUGAAGGAUGAUGAAAAUGAGGAAGUGUUAGUAGGGGCUGAGGAAGGGAACCAAAGUGAUAAUCACCAGGUUGUGUUUGAUGACAUCACAGCACCUAGUGAACCAGAGACUGUUGUUGCUGUCGAGAGGAGCGGCAACUCUGAGAGUCAAAUGGACAAUGUUGACAUGUCGUCACCGGUAGAUGGCCUUGAGGAGGAAAAGAAGUAUCGGUAGUCAUGGUCAUUGUGUCACAGGUGUUAGCACCUGUUGUUUAUCAGGACAAUUAUUGCUAGAAUGUUUAAAAGGAUUUGUGAGCCUAGCUCCAAUGACUUUCUGUAUAGCUGGUUUCAAAAAUAGUCUUUAAUUUUUUUUUACAGCUGAUACCAAAAGCUUCAAUUAGAGUUAUGCUGAUGUUUAUCUAUGUUUAACAUGUUUAAGGGUACCUGUUUGUGAAAACGCUCUUAGAGUCAUGUGUUUUGUCUGUUUGUUUGUCAUGUUACUAUAGUAACUAGAACAGCUCCACACCAAACAUUUGCCAAAGAUGAUGAUGAGGUAUUGAAAUAUUCUUGCCAGGUAAUUUGCCAGAAUGUUUUGUUUUCUAAUGAGAGGACGAGGCGAUGAAUUUGCAAAAUGUUGUCUGCAUAGGGAUCUACAGUCAUGAGGGUCCAUUUAUGUUUAACAUCUAUUUUGUAUCACAUGACCGUCAUUUCUACAUAUUGACAUUGGUCAUCAUAAUUUAUUUCAUUAGCAUUAAGUGUUGGUGAUGUGUGGAGAGGAUGAUGAUGAUGAUGGUCAUGACGAUGAUGAUGAUGAUGAUGAUGAUGAUGAUGAUGAUGAUGAUGAGCAUGAACAGCUAUGUGUGCCCAAAAAGCAUGAUAAAGAAAUGUUUUUCUGUAUUAACAUUUUAGAGUAUGGUGCUUCAGACAUUCACAGAUUGUUACUCUUAUAUUCAGAAUUUUGAUCAUAUAAAAUUUGUUUUAUCAUUUAUAGGCUUUCUUUCCAAAAAUGGAUAUGGUUUUAUAUUUGCUUUUGUUGUCCAAGGUAAUCAGAGCUUCUAUGACAUAUUUUUGUGUUGGAUUUUUUUGUGUAAGAAUAAUGCUCCAUGAGAGCAGAAGGUCAAUGGUUUUGAUUCCCUGACCAUGUCAUGCCAAUCGGCGUUAGAAGAUGGUAAAUGGUGUCACCCUGUCUGGCGCUUGACAUUAAGGGGAAGAACAAUGACAGGUCAGCUCGGAGUAAGUAUACUGUUUCUGAGUUGGGUAUCCAUGUUAAAAACUAAGGCAUGAUAUCUCAGUGGACUAGAAUAUUUCAGACACCGUUUCCUACCCGGAUAUGUAAAAGUUGUCAGGACUGCCAUAGUCCAAUGAACUCUUGUAAAAUCAAUGACACUUGAAUUUCUCAAUCCCCUAGCCUUUGUUGAGGUUGUCUUUGAAUUUUAUGAGACAGACUCCACCACCUAAAGUGCAUUUGCAGUCUAGGUCUAGACAUUGCAUUAAGUAGACUGGCAGUUUGAUGUAAUGUGAACCACUGGUAGUCAGGGUAGUACAUCAUGGCCAGAUUGAUCUCAUAGCAGAUGUGACCCGUGAAGAUUCCGGGGUAGAAUAGGUCUUCAGCAACCCAUGCUUGCUGUAAAAGGUGACUAUGCUUGUUGUAAAAGGCGACUAUCGGGAUCGGGUGGUCAGGCUCGCUGAC